CCGAGGCGAGCGCCGCCGCCGCCGCCGCCGCGACGGCGCGCCCCGUCCUCGUCCGACGAGGGCGACGAGCCCGAGCACGAGCCGCGCUGUCAGCAGGGCGUGCAGGCCCUACUGGCCAGCGGCCCUGUUGUUGGCUGCCUGAGCGGGUGGCAGAUCGCAUGCUUCAUCGGCGCCGGGAAAGCGGUCACCUGUCUGUGCGCCCUGGGCGGGGCCGUCGUGGGCUGCUUCGGCGGCUCCAGCGGGCCGCCCGCGACGUCGGUGGGGUCCUGGCGGCCGCCGCGGCGCUGGCUGCGGGGCGCACGCCAGCGCGAUGACUGGUACCCCGAGAGCGACGACGAGGAGGAGGAGGACUCGCCCCGCGGCCUGGACAGGGCGACCAUCGAAGGCCACACCGUGGGCAACCUCCCCGCGUCGGGCAGCUCCGCCAGGGGGCGGCAGGGCGUUACCGAGGAUGGUGGCCGGUGCAUGGUCUGUAUGGAGCACUUUUCCGACGGGGAGACGUUGCGAUUGCUGCCCUGCUUGCACCGGUGCGCCGGCCGUUGCCUGACGGAGCGCCGGCACCUUCCGCCUGCAGCCACUCCUUGCCCCAGCCCGCCCAGCGAGCCAGCGCCUCCGCACCUCCCCGUGCGCGCCACGAUGGCCCGCUCGCGCUCCGCCCUCGCCGCGACGGGCCUCGCGCUCGCCGCGGCGCUCUGCGCGGGCCUCGGCGCCGCCGCCUUCCUGGCCUCGCCGGCGCGCGGCCGCGCCCCCUCGCGCCUGGCGGGGCCCGGCGGUGCCCGCGCGCCGCAGGAGGCGGCCGGCUCCGCCGGCGGCGCCGCCUCCCUCGCGGCGGGCGCAGCCACCGCGACGGCCUUCUCCGGCGCGACGCUGCUGCCGGCCCUGCUGCUGAGCGCCCGCGUCACGGUGAGCGUGUGCGCCGCCGUGGCGCGCCACGCCAAGGCGCCCGUGUCCGAGUACGGCGCGCCCUCGGGCGUGCGCAACUUUCAGGAGAUGACGCUCGGGUUCACCUCGGACAUCGCGAAGAACAACCUCGGAGAGUCGUUCUACCGCCCCUGGGUGCCGUUCGUGACCACGAUCUUCUUGUUCAUCUUCGGCUCCAACUGGUCUGGGGCGCUGGUGCCGUGGAAGCUGCUGGAGCUUCCAGAGGGCGAGCUCGCGGCGCCCACCAACAACAUCAACACCACCGUGGCGCUUAGCUUGCUGACCUCGAUCGCCUACUUUGGCGGCGGCUUGGUGAAGAAGGGCCUCGGGUACUUCGCGCGCUACGUCAAGCCCACGCCCAUCCUGCUGCCAAUCAACAUCCUCGAGGACUUCACCAAGCCGCUCAGCCUGAGCUUCAGGCUCUUCGGGAACGUGCUCGCGGAUGAGCUCACCGUGGCCGUCCUCACCUUCCUGGUUCCGUUCGUCAUCCCCCUGCCCAUCAUGGCGCUGGGCAUCUUCGCGGGCUCCAUCCAGGCGCUGAUCUUCGCCACUCUGGCGUCGGCGUACAUCGCCGAGGCGAUCGAGUGAAGGGGGUGGUGGGCCGCAGGCCGUGCGCCUCUCUGCUCGUCUGAAGCGGUCCGCCGCCAGUAUUUGUUGGCGCCUCGCCCACGCGGCGUGGCGCGCCAGGGCCCGCGGGCGGCGGCGGGCGCGCACGCGCGCGGCGCGGCGGGCGCGCGCG